AUGCCAAAAACUAAGUCUAAUUUGGGUUCAUCCAUAACUCGAUGGGUUGAGCCUUACAAUCGCGACAAAACUGUGUUUAACACUAGUGGAUUAGUAGUUUAUUGUCAAGUUUGUGAUCGUCAGGUGCGUUGUAACAAAAAAUUUCAAAUAACGCAACAUGUAACUACCGAGUUUCAUUUGAAAUGUUUGAAAAAAAGUUCUAACAACAGUAAACAAAUGUUGUUGGGAGAUGAAACCAAACCAAAAACAUCAAGUUUUAAUGAAGAUCUGUGUUUGAACCUCGUAGCUGCAAAUAUACCUUGGUUUAAACUACAAAAUCCAGUCUUCCGCGAUUUUUACAAAAUUAUACAAAAAAACACAUUCCUGAUGAAAGCACUUUACGUAAAUCUUUCUUACAUCCACGUUAUGUAA